AUGGGUUAAAGCUAAUUUAAAAAGGAAUAAUAAGAAUGCUUAGAACUUAUCAAAAAUCAAAAAUUCUUAGAGUCAUUAUAAUUUCUAGAAAAUAUGGAAAAUAAUAAUAAUAAUCAGGUUAAUAUAAGAGAGUUUGUGAGCUUCUAAAAGGGAUUAUGCUACAUGGGUCUAAAUAAGCAUGUUUAAGCAAUUGAAUGCUUUGAAAAAUGCUAUGAUGUAUAAUCUAAAAUAAAUAUUUGUUAAAUAUUAAUGAAGAUAAAUAAGUUUGAUAAAGCUAAAUCUCUUUUAUAGGAAUUGAAUAGAAAUUCUGAGAAUAAUUCAUUGAUUUUACAAUUAAAUGGAAGUUAUUUGCUUUUUGCUGAUAAAAAUUAUUAAGAAGCUGCUCAAAAGUUUGAAUAAUCAUUGGCUUUAAAUGAAACAUUUUAACGCAGUUAAAGAGAAUAUUGCUUUGUGUUUAUUGUAUUAAAGAAAUUAUCAAGAUUCUAUCACAAUUCUUGA